AUGGUAGAAGCACAAGAUGAAGCAAGAAAUCGAGCUGAGUUUGAAGCGAGAGUGGAAGCUGAGGUUGAAGCUCGGAUCCUUCGCCAGAAAGAAGAAGAAGCUGAACGUGAGGCUCAGAGAACAUUGAGGGAAAUCACUGCCCCUCGUAUGAACUACACAUAUGAGGGCAGUGUUGUUCUUCCAGCAGACCUACCAGACAACUUUCAGAUUCCACAUCAUUAUAUUCAGUUGGUGAGCCAACAUCAGUUUGGAGGUAAAGCUACUGAGGAUCCGCAUGCUCACAUGGACAGAUUCACCAGACAUUGUGAGUCUCUAAAAAGGCGUGAAGUCAGCUUGGAUACAGUCCGGAUGAUUCUUUUUCACUACACUUUGAAGGAUACUGCAGAAGAUUGGUUGAGGUCACAACCCCCUAACAGCAUUCGAACAUGUGAGGACUUGGCGGAAAAAUUUAUCGCCAAAUUCUUUCCAUCCACACGCAUCAGGAAGGCGAAGCAGGAAAUUUAUGCAUUUAAACAAAGCAAAUCUGAAAAUUUGUAUGAGGCUUGGGAGCGUUUCCAAGAACUUCUGAGAAAGUGUCCAGGUCAUAAUAUUUCUGCUGGUGAACAAGUUGACAAAUUCUACUCAUCAUUGCGUGAGUACGCAAGAGGUAUGUUGGACGCAGCAGCUAAUAGUGCAUUUGAUUCAUUGCCUGCACACAGAGCUCUUGAGAUCAUCGACAAUUUGGCCACUAGAUCUUCACAGUCAGACUAUGAUAGAGAGAACCGGGAAAGUGUGCAUGGAGUUGGAACAAAUGAUGACGUUCUCGCCUCUAACAGGAAGUUGUCACAAAAGAUGGAUGCCAUAGUACAACGUUUGGACGGUCGGAAACCAAGUGUUGAAGAUGCUGAAUUUGAUGAGGAAGUGAAGGCAAUGGGUAAUCCUCAAAACAACCCUUACUCAAAUACCUACAAUCCGGGUUGGAGGAAUCACCCUAACUUCUCAUGGAGAGAUCAAGACAAGUCUGGAAAUUCGAGGCAGUACUCUAAUCAAAGGGGUUAUAGUCAAGAUCAAAAACCUCCGUCCUCUCAAGAGCAAGGAAGUGGAAAGAAGAGCCUAGAAGAUAUUGUGGGAGAACUGGCACAAGCUACUAGCAAGCUUCAGGUGUCCACAGAUAGCUUCAUCAAUGAGUCCAGAAAUAACUUUAAGAAUCAGGAGGCUUCGAUAAAAAAUUUGGAGAAUCAGGUCGGUCAAAUUUCCAAACAAUUAUCUGAGAGACCUCCAGGUAUGUUUCCUAGUAACACUGUGCCUAAUCCUAGGGAGAAUAUUUCUGCUGUUACUCUAAGAAGUGGAAAAGUUAUGCAUGAAAUUGAAAAGAAAAAAGAUAGUGAAAAGAAUAACAGUGAGGCUGCAUUGGAGAAAAUGCCCACUUAUGCUAAGUUUAUGAAAGACAUUUUGUCAAGGAGAAGGAAGUUAAGUGAGGAGAGUGAAACUAUAAUGUUAACUGAGGAAGAAUAUAAGCCUGUGGUCCAACCUCAAAGGAGACUUAAUCCAACAAUGAAAGAGGUGGUGAGAAAAGAAGUAAUAAAAUUGCUUGAUGCGGGUAUCAUAUACCCGAUUUCUGAUAGUGAAUGGGCUAGUCCAGUUCAAGUGGUUCCUAAGAAAGGAGGAAUCACUGUUGUUCAGAACGAGAACAACGAAUUGAUCCCAACUAGACAAGUCACGGGAUGGAGAGUUUGCAUAGACUACCGGCGGCUUAACUCAGCUACCCGGAAAGAUCACUUCCCCCUCCCCUUUAUUGAUCAAAUGCUUGAAAAGUUAGCUGGACAUAAAUAUUAUUGCUUUCUAGAUGGUUAUUCUGGAUAUAAUCAAAUUGUUGUUGCACCUGAAGACCAAGAGAAGACUGCUUUUACUUGUCCCUACGGGGUGUUUGCUUAUAGGAGAAUGCCUUUUGGGCUUUGUAAUGCUCCUGCAACUUUUCAACGAUGUAUGUUUGCUAUUUUCUCUGAUCUUAUUGAACACUGCAUUGAAAUAUUUAUGGAUGAUUUUUCUGUGUUUGGUCCUACUUUUGAUGCAUGCUUGCAUAACCUUACUCUUGUAUUGAAACGAUGUCAAGAAACAAAUUUAGUUUUGAAUUGGGAAAAAUGUCAUUUUAUGGUUCGUGAUGGAAUUGUUCUUGGCCAUCGUGUCUCUGAAAAGGGGUUAGAAGUGGAUAGAGCAAAAAUUGAAGUAAUUGAUAAACUCCCUCCCCCUUCUAAUAUAAAAGGUGUUAGAAGUUUUCUAGGUCAUGCCGGUUUCUAUAGACGUUUCAUUAAAGAUUUUUCAAAAAUUGCUAAACCCAUGACAAAUCUACUUGAGAAAGAUGCUCCAUUCAUAUUUGAUGAACAUUGUGUUAGUGCUUUUAAUUUGAUUAAACAAAGACUUGUAACUGCUCCUGUGAUAGUUGCACCUGAUUGGUCUUUACUGUUUGAAAUAAUGUGUGAUGCGAGUGAUAUAGCUGUAGGAGCUGUGUUGUGUCAAAAGAAAGAAAAAGUGUUGCAUGCGAUCUAUUAUGCUAGUAAGGUUUUAAAAGAAGCACAAAGGAAUUAUACAACCACUGAAAAAGAAUUACUUGCUAUUGUUUUUGCAUGUGAAAAGUUUAGGUCAUAUGUGGUGGGCUCUAAAGUUAUUGUUCAUACUGACCACUCUGCCUUGAAGCAUUUACUGUCUAAGCAGGACUCUAAACCCAGGUUGAUAAGGUGGAUCUUACUUCUGCAAGAGUUUGAUCUGGAUAUCAAAGAUAAGAAAAGGAAGGACAAUGGUGUUGCUGACCACUUGUCAAGAAUUGAAGGCGGAGAUUCCAACUUAAUUCCUAUUUUUGAGGAAUUUCCAGAUGAGAAACUUUUUUCCCUUAACUCUUCUUCUUUACCUUGGUACACUAAUUUUGCUAAUUAUAGAGCUGCUAGUGUAUUGCCACCUGAUUUUACAUGGCAACAAAAGAAGAAGUUUUUGCAUGAUGUUAAAUUUUAUCUGUGGGAGGAACCUUUUUUGUUUAGGUGGUGUGCUGAUGGAGUGAUAAGGAAGUGUGUUGCUACCCCCUAUCACCCACAAACUAGUGGUCAGGUUGAAGUUUCAAAUAGGGAGCUCAAAAGGAUUUUAGAAAAGGUGGUUAGUUCGUCCCGUAAAGAUUGGUCUAAGAAAUUAGACGACACUUUAUGGGCGUACCGAACUGCGUUCAAAACUCCUAUUGGAACUUCUCCAUUUCAACUAGUUUAUGGGAAGUCAUGUCACUUGCCAGUGGAACUUGAACAUAAGGCUUAUUGGGCAACAAAAUGCCUGAAUUUUGAUUUAAAAGAUGCUAGUGGUAAGAGACUCUUGCAAUUAAAUGAGUUGGAUGAAUUUAGGCUUCAAGCCUAUGAGAGUUCUCGCAUUUAUAAGGAAAGGACUAAGAAGUGGCAUGAUAGUAAAAUUGUGAGAAGAGAGUUUUUCCCUGGUCAACAAGUUUUACUUUAUAACUCAAGGUUAAGAUUAUUUCCGGGAAAAUUAAAGUCUCGUUGGUCGGGACCUUUCACUGUAAAGGAAGUAUUCCCUCACGGAGCUGUUGAAAUUGAAGAGCCAAGUUCUAAACGAGCUUUCACCGUGAAUGGUCAAAGACUUAAGUUAUAUCAUGGGGGUGAAAUAGUUAGAGGAAAGACCACCUUGAGCUUAGCUUCUCCAACGUAGACAUGCCGAACAAGAGUCUAACAAGGACUCUAACAUUGUGCUUCUUGGGAGACAACCCAAGCAAAAUUAGCAUAGUGGAGUAAGUUUUAUUUUAUUUAUUUUUAUUUUGGCAUUUAUUUUAUUUUAUUUUA